GUUUUGCUCUUUUCACCCAGGCUGGAGUGCAGUGGUGUGAUCUCAGCUCAUCGAGUUCAAGAGACUCUCAUGCCUCAGCCUCCCAAGUAGCAGGGGUUACAGAUUCUUUAAUCUCCAGCCCAGCUCCAACAAUUCAACGCUGUGCUUUCUGAAAACGUACACAUCGUGCCUUCUCUACUUCGCUCUUGGAACAUAAUUUCUCAUGGCAGUGUUUAAGACCACUCUGUGGAGGUUAAUUUCUGGGACCUUAGGGAUAAUAUGCCUUUCGUUGAUGGCUACGUUGGGAAUUUUGUUGAAAAAUUCUUUUACUAAACUGAGUAUUGAGCCAGCAUUUACUCCAGGACCCAAAAUAGAACUCCAGAAAGACUCUGACUGCUGUUCUUGCCAAGAAAAAUGGGUUGGGUACCGAUGCAACUGCUAUUUCAUUUCUAGUGAACAGAAAACUUGGAACGAAAGUAGGCAUCUCUGUGCUUCUCAGAAAUCCAGUCUGCUUCAGCUUCAAAACACAGAUGAACUGGAUUUUAUGAGCUCCAGUCAACAAUUUUACUGGAUUGGACUCUCUUACAGUGAGGAGCACACCGCCUGGUUGUGGGAGAAUGGCUCUGCACUCUCCCAGUAUCUAUUUCCAUUGCUUGAAACUUUUAAUCCAAAGAACUGCAUAGCAUAUAAUCCAAAUGGAAAUGCUUUAGAUGAACCUUGUGAAGAUAAAAAUCGUUAUAUCUGUAAGCAACAGCUCAUUUAAAUGCUUCUUGGGGCAGAGAAGGUGGAGAGUAAAGACCUAACAUUACUAACAAUGAUACAGUUGCCUGUUAUAUUAUUACUAAUUGUCUACUUCUGGAGUCUAUAAAAUGUUUUCAAACAGUGUCAUAUACAAUUGUCCUGUAUGUGAAACAAUGUGUUUUAAAAUUGAUGAAAUUUGUACAUCUACAUUUGACAAUUAUAAAAUUAAUAUAAAGAAUUUUGUAUUUUCAUUUAAUGUAUGUAUUUAAUGUUAAAUUCAAUGUAGUUUUAUUGCACAUUUAUGUAAUUUUAUUUACAUUCUUGCUAAUUCUCAGCAGAAAUGUAAAUAAAAUUUAAUUCACAUCAAAUAAAAUUUACAAAAUAAAAUUUAACUCACACUGCCCAGGCUGGAGUAUAGUGGCAAGAUCAUAGUUCAUUGCAAGCUCAAGUGAUCCUCCUGACUCAGCCUCCCAAGUAGCUAGGACUACAGGCACCAUGCCACUAUGCCCAGCUAAUUUUUAAUUUUUAAUUUUUUGUCAAGACAAGGUCUCGCUAUGUUGCCCAGGCUGGUCUUGAACUCCUGGCCUCAAGGGAUUCUCCCACCUUGGAUUCCCAAAGUGCUGGGAUUAUAGGUGUGAACCACCAUCCCUGGCCCUCUUCACAUUCUUGUAUGAAGAUUGAUUUAGGAAAAAUGCACUUCAGUUAACUGACAAAAGAUAUAGGAUGAAAUAUAAUACCUUUCAAAUGUUUAAUUUGAACUAAGCUUAUGCAUUGCACUUUCUGGAGAUUUGUAAUGUUUUGGUUUUGUUGUCCAUGUGAUUACAAAAUAAUAUAUUUUUUAAUUAAAAAUUUAAAAUAAUACAGGCAAGCAUGUAAUGAUUAUCAAUAUUUUUUUGUGCCAACUAUCCUAUAUCCCUGACCUCCUUUCAUUAGGCAUUAUCUUCUGUUUUGAUUUUAACACUUAGAGUGGUUUUCCCUGUUAUGAAUCAAAGCUGAUCUAUUUUCAUCAGUUUUGUGAUGAAAAAAUUCAUUUUGAUUGACUUAGGAUGGAAGGAUUUGGACUGGGUGCGGUGGAAUAUGCCUGUAAUCCCAGCACUUUGGGAGGCCAAGGCGGGUGGAUCACUUGAGGUCAGGAGUUUGAGACCAGCCUGGCCAACAUGGUGAAACUCUGUCUCUACUAAAAAUACAAAAAUUAGCUAGGUGUGGUAAUGCACGCCUGUAAUCCCAGCUAUUCGGGAGGCUGAGGCGAGAGGAUCGCUUGAACCUAGGAGGCAGAGGUUGCAGUGAGUCAAGAUUGCACCACUGCACUCCAGCCUGGGCGACAGAGCAAGACUCCCCUCCAAAAAA